AUGGUCCCAUUUUGCCUAGUCCUUCUCAUCCUGUGCUGUAUUUUGCUGUGCUGUCCGGUCUUCGCUGGUCCCACACCCUUUGGUGCCGGCGGUGUAGGCCCAAGCACGCUUAAGAAGGCCCUCAAGGCACGUCAGAUUAUCCUAGUGAAUCCCAUCUGUAUACUCGUUCUUGUGCUCGAGCCAAGUGAGACGUUCCUCCCAGGCUUGGCAAAUUGGCGAUCAGGAACCCGUGGCCCUAUGGACAUUGUGCAAGGCAAAGCGAGAAAAAUCCAGCUUGUAGAAUGUAAAGAAGAGCCAUCUGCAGAAAAGAAUGACUCAUCAUCUGGCCCAAUUAUCACCAUGUAUCAGUCAGGCCUAGUCAUGAACGCGUAG